UCGAAGAGAUUUUUGAAAUGUCGUGUUGAACCAUCUUCUAAAAACAUGUCCAUAAACAAAAUCGAGUGCGCCGGUGGUCGGCUAACAUUACACGGAGACUAUGUYGUCUACCAUCAAGAUGGCGUCCAGUUCGAGUUGCACGGCGACAGCAUUCCUGGGUUUCUAAAGGGAUCAAAAAAGGGAAACAUCUUUGUUUCAACAAAUCGAGUAAUAUUUGCACCGACAGUUCAGACAGAUGUUGGAUCGUUUUCAAUGAAUUUCAGAAGUAUACGAGGUGUCGAAGUUAAGCAGCCAAUGUUUGGAGCAAACUACAUCAAAGGAGAUGUCAUCUCUGAACCUGAAGGUGGCUGGCAAGGAAGAGGAACAUUCAACAUUACUUUUAACAGUGGUGGAGCAAUUGAGUUUGCUGAACACUUCCGACAAGCUGUAGCUUCAGCGGGCAGGCCAGGAAGCCAACCAAUGCCGGCYGCAGGAGGAUACCAGACRUUYGGUAUCUACAACAACCCAACACCACAACCACAGCCAGGGUACUACAAUGGUCCUCCUUAUCAAACRCCUUACCCUCCUCAACCUGGUUACUAUGGAGCCCCACCACCUCAACCAGGUUACUAUGGYGCCCCACCUACUGCUGGUGGUUUCUAUGCUGCUCAGCCUCCACCAUACAGACCUCCAGAAAAUCCACCACCCUACCCUGGACAGUCUGCACCAAUGGCACCUCCAUCAGCUCCACCACCAGACUUUCCAGGCGCUGGGGGUGUUAAAGCACAAGAAGCGUACACCUCAGGUCAAAAUGUUUAUGUUCCUGCAAACCAGCCACCACCUCCGCCGUAUUUUCAAGAGCACAAGAAAAAUGUUUAAGUAUAGCAGAAUAAAUGCAAUUUUCAAGUGUUAAUGCAAUACAGUGGAGCCUCUUUUUGAAGGACACCAAAGAAAAAGAAAAAAAUGGAAAUGGAAAGUGAUAGUUCACAGUAUAAACUUGUCUGUGAUAUUCACGACUUGCAAACAUUUCCAAAGAGAACAAAUCAAGCAAAUUAUACCAUUUAAACCGUUUAACUGACUCUCCAGGGAAUGGUUGCAUUUAAGUUCAAGAACAGAUGACAAGACCUGAAGAGUUGUCUGAAAAGAGCUGUAAUGUUACAAAGUCAUGCUCCACUCCAGUGUUCUCCAUUAGCCUCAAUUGUGCACAAAAUGUUCAAUGUGUAUUUUAAAAUGUGAUGCUGUUUACUUCCUAUAAAAGAAAUUCUGUUCGUUUCCAGUAGCUGUCAAUGAAAUGAAAGAAUUUUAUGCAGUUUUGAGGCUACAGAGAAAGCUAUAACACAAAGUUGGAGUAAAUAGUGGUGUCCAUUAAAAGAGGUUCYAAUCAACAUUACAGUGAACUUAUCAAUAAACAAUAAAUUAUAUUCUAAAAAAAUUAUAUAUCAGUAGUUUUAAUAGCUGCCUURGGCUUCCUGUGCUGAAGAAAGACACAGAUCUUACCCUUAGGAAUCAAGAGCAAUUUACUUUUAAGCAAGUACAAAUAUUAUGUAGGAUAAAUUAUUUACACUUUAGACUUUUCAURGUGUCUGUAAAAAGUACAAAAAAAUGCUAAUUUAAUAAUAAUUCCUUUUGUUUUGUAAAGCUYGCAAUGUCAUUUGAAAGAUAGUUGUGUCAUAAUUCACACAGACAAUGGAAAAUCACUUUGAUGGCUGUUGUGGCCUUACUAGUAUGUAAAGAUUCACUAUCUUCAAAAGCCUGAAAGUGAUUUUUCCAUCGUCUGUGAAAGAAUCAAGUAAGAGCGUUGGUUAGUUGUAGACCGAGUGUUUGUUAACAGUAUACAAUCAAGAUGAUACAGGGAGUGGUUUUGAUCAGAUUGAAAUUAUAACAUUGUUCAUAGUCAGAACUCWKCARAUGGAAAAUAAAUGGAAUUUGGGUUUGGUACCAUUCGUCUGUAAGUUCUAGCUUUGCAAGCUUUAGAUAAAAAUCACUCUGAAGCUUGAGUUUUUAAUCAAAAUGAAUUAAUAAACAUUAUUGUUUACAAUGGAAGAAGGGGGAAUAUUUGAAUAUUUCGACUUUAUGUAGAAAUGGACUGCUUGUAUUUUGUUCAUUAAUGAUUGAAUAUAAUGAUUUGAAUUUUAACAAAUUAAUAAAAACGAUUUCAAACAUGA